AUGCCAGUAGUAGAAGCCGUAAUAACGGCCGUGGUUUUGUCAGCCAUCAUGAUCAGUACAGUGUUCGGGAACAUCUUGGUAAUUAUCUCCAUAUUCACCUACAGACCCCUCCGGAGUGUCCAGAACAUAUUCCUGGUCUCACUGGCCUGUGCGGACAUUGCCGUUGCCAUAUUGGUCAUGCCUCUUAAUGUUACUUAUUCUAUCAUUGGUCGAUGGGUGUUCGGACUUCGAGUGUGUGAAAUGUGGCUUACCUGCGACGUUCUCUGUUGCACGGCUUCUAUCCUGAGUCUGUGUGUAAUUGCCUUGGACCGCUACUGGGCUAUUCACGAUCCUAUUAAUUACGCCCAAAAACGGACAUUGAAACGAGUUCUGCUGACAAUCUUCUUGGUUUGGGCAAUAAGUGCUUUAAUUUCCAUUCCGCCGCUGAUUGGCUGGAACGAUUGGCCCAAAGACUUUGCCGACACUACGCCGUGCGCUCUGACGGAAGAGAGAGGAUACGUCGUUUAUUCGUCGAGUGGCUCUUUCUUCAUACCUCUUGUCAUUAUGACCGUGGUUUAUUUGAAAAUUUUCCAGGCUACCAAACGUCGAUUACGUAAACGAGCCAAGCAAGUGCCGAAAAUUAUACAGACAACCUGCGCGGCAACGGAGGAUGAAAAGACAGAAAUUCCACUACAAAAUAUCCGCACGUGCAAGAAUGCUGACAAUUCGACUGCCGUAUCUGAACUGGAAGACUGCGAACACGAGGAAAGCCCUAAAAGUUGUGACCGUAAUCAAGCCCGAAAUGGUAGCCAAAAGACCCAACAACCCGGAAUAGUUCGCCAGUACAUGGAACAAAGACAAAAGAUCUCCGUGUCGAAAGAGAGACGCGCAGCACGCGUGUUAGGAAUUGUAAUGGGUGUUUUUGUUCUCUGUUGGCUACCUUUUUUUCUCAUGUAUGUCAUUUUACCUUUCUGUGCUACGUGUACCGUAUCAAAACGAGUGGGUGGAUUUAUCACGUGGCUUGGUUAUGUUAAUUCUGCCCUGAAUCCUGUCAUCUAUACAGUUUUCAAUCCCGAUUUCAAAAAAGCUUUCCAAAAGCUUUUGUCUUUUAAGUAA